AUGCCGAAGACGAAGGGAGCGAAGGCUAAGGUGGGGGCGGACACGCCGAAGAAGAAGGGCAAGCGGACUGCUGACGAAACCGUGGACGCGCCACAGGCAAAGCCUGCGAAACGUGCGAAGGCGACAGAAGAGUCCGCCAAAGCAAGCGCGAGUGCACCGGACAAAGAGGCAGAAAUACCCGAGCCCAAGUUUUCUGGAAACUUCGAUAUUUACGCCGCCACCCUCCCGUUCCUCACUAAAGUCUGUCUCCCCUCGGGUCAGACCACUCCGCAGUACGAAGAGCUUUACAAAACCAUCCUGACGUACCAGGCGAAGCCGGACUCCAGCGGUCGCUGUUACCUCCCUGCCGGCGCCACCUCUGCAGGAAAGUUUGAAUGCAGCCAGGUGGAGGACCCGAUGAGUGAGGAGGCGUUGGAUGUCGAGAUCAACUUUGUCACCAAGGAGAAGAAGCUAUCGUUCACUAGAGCUGAACGCGGGAAGUUCAAAACUCCCGGUUCCUCUGAGGAAGCCCCUGGUAUUUCUGCCACGACGACACUCGAGGGCAGCCACUGUGGAUUUGACUCCGCUGAGGGAGUGUUCAAGAUGACCAGGGUGUGGGCUAAGGCAAUGCCCACGGGUGAGGUACAGGAACUGUUCGAAGGCUAUUUCUCAUUGGAUGUUGAGUACAGUUGGCUGUACUCAAGCAAGGGUCACGGCGAUGGUGCCGAGUACGAGUUUGGGUUCUGGGCAGUGCAUGCUAGGAAAAACGAAGAGGGGGAGGAGAUUGGCUUGGUCCCUGUCUAA